AAGUCAGAUAUGGCCAGAGUUGCUAUACUCGCAGUAACCACUACAAUAUUUAUGAGGUAAUUAUCAACUACUACUACUGUCAACGUCACCUUAUUAUUAUUGUCAUCACUUCUUCUUUCAACAGAUACGUCGAUUUUUCAACAGUUUAUCAUUAUAUAAGAGGGCAAUCUAUGAUGAAGUUAUAUGUUAUGUUUAAUACUCUUGAAACAUUGGAGAGGUUAGUCCGACACUUGGGUUCAGCAUUCAGUGAUACUAUGUUGGUAAGGGCACUUGCUACUACUACUACUACAACUAGUGGGGAUAAUAGUAAUGACGAUAAUAUUAAACAUGAUGAUACUACUUUACAUGAUGCUGGUGGAUUACUAUUGUU